UGACAGAGAGAGCUGGCGCCGUCCUCGUUUGCUCUUUACGCGCUGGUGGGUGAAGAUGAAGAUGCUGAUUACGCGAACGUGGCCAGAUAACUAGAGAGGAGUGGAUUAAAGUUUCAAGAUGAGUAAGCGAUGACAUAAUGAUACGAGAAAAGAAAAAAAGUGAAAGCCGUCAUCCGAUUAGUUUUUGAGCGGCCGAGAAAGUCUUGCUUGUUGUGUUUUCUCGAGAGAACGCGAUUAGUGUUGUUUCCUUGCAUAGUUAUUUGUGCAUUUGGAUAGUUGACUCUUGUUGAGUUAGUUGAAUUGUUUCUUUUGUUUGCGGACGGAGAAGGCAAUUGCGACUUGUCUUACGGCAAGAUGGCGCACUGCAGGGUUCGAGUUCGUCCGUACAGCGCGCGACAGAUUGCCAGGGUCGGGCGGAGAGAUGAAUGUGUUGCGGGCGGGAUGAGGACGUACACGUCGCUGACGCGAGGAUCAACGCGGGCUGCUGUCUCUGGAUUUUCGAUGGUUGCAGGCAAGAGACCGGUGGUGAAGUCGCGAGCGAGGAUGGGCGAGAAGAAUGGUGUGAUGGUGAUGGGAUCCCGAGGGUUUAUUCUGACGCCGUUUAAGUGGAUUCUUGGAUUCUACGAGGGCAAGACGAAGAAAGAGGGCGAAGAGCCUACGUUUGAGAAUCGGUUUCAUCCGUGGGAUGAGUCGCCCGCGCCUGCGCUGCGGAACCGGGCGGCGGCGAUCAAGGAGAUGGCAAAGUGUCCAGUGACGGGGUUGUCGAUCGAAUUCACGUGUCCGAACUGCGGAAUUCCGACGCACCACGACGAGAAGAGCUGGGAGUCCGACAAGCAUCAUCACGAGGACGUGUGUGAGAAGCUGAUGCUCGGCAACAUUUACGAGCACGACAUCCGGUCCGGUCGGGAGUUUCCCGAGUUUGAUUUGCCGCCUGCGCAGACGAAUGAGGUGUUGGUGAAUUUCAUGAACUGGGAUAAUUUUCUGUACACGCGGGAUUUCCAUUCGAUGGACACGGAUUUCGAGCUCGCGAACGCGACGAAGGUGUUGACGUACCCGGUCACGAUCGCGAGUGUGAUGCAUCAGCAGUCGCCUCAUACGCUGGCGUCGAAGCGGUUGACGAUCGAGGGAUUGAAGACGCUCGCCGCCCUGAGAUAUACAUUAUUCCCCGCGACUCCUCACGCUCGAGCAGGAUCGAAUAUCGGAGGCGAGAGCGUGUACGAAGGCCAGCCUAUGCGGAUAUUCAUUCUCGGCGCGCGAUCGGAGGCGCAGUUGCCGGGCCAAGUGUGGAGACAGAUGCUGUUUGUGUUCAACCGGCCAAACAUGCACAUCCACUUCAUCGGCCCCGAGGCACUGUAUGAUCGCCGCAAGAAGCAGUAUGUUUACUCGCCUAGGGCGGUGCAUCACCGCGUUGCGCCGAAUCUUGCGGUCUCGUACCAUUCGGAUUAUUUCCAUGUUGUGCACGAGUCGCAGACGUUUACGCCGUACGAUCCCUACUACGAUGUAUUUUUCCUGUUCCACCCUGGCUUAGGUGCCCCCGAGGCGAUGGACCAGUGGGAAAAGUCGCUGCCGGCGCUGCUGGAGACCAAGUGCGGAGUGUUUGUGACUGGCUUCCACGAGGCGGAUUCGAAGCGGGACUGGGAGUGGGUGAACGAGAAGUUUGGCGAGGAGCUGGACGUGCUGUUGCAGCCCGGGCAUAACCCGUUCCAGAGCCAAAAGUGGGAGAUCAACGAUAUGCAGCCGGAUGACCCGUAUCAGGUCAAUCAGCAGAUCUUUGGCAUCCGCGGGAAGCGAUAUCCCGCGGUCUUCCAUAGUUACAGCACGUAGUUGAUAUUUACUUCAUAGUAGUUGUUGUUGUUGUUUUGAUUAUUUACAUAUUUUUGUAUUUUUCUCUAGUUGUUUGUGUACAUACGAGGUGUAUCUCCGCUUGUAACCUUUUGUAUAUAAGUUUAGGAAGAGAGAAAAUAACGUAUAGACAUCCGAACCCCAACCUGUCACUUUCAGUUUCUCCCAAUGUUUAUUUACUUUAUU